UUCAGGGAUGACCCCUUGUGGCCAAUCAGGGAUCAGAGCCCCCGUUUUGUCCCGCCCCCUGCAGACGGAGUGACAGCGCGGAGGAGGAUUACGUGUGCCAACUGCUGGAUUUCCCAAGUUUGCCUGCCCUUGCCUAGGUGCGAGCUGAGGUGUGUGAGUGUCGGGGACUGAUGGGUUUGGGGAGGCCUCAGCCCGGACGGCCCUCCGCGAUCUGGGUCUGAAAACACGAGCCCCCGUCUCUUAGGAGGCGCGGGAAGGAAGAUAUUUUGGAGACCCAAGAUGGGUAGAAAGGAUGCUUCUACUUUAAAACUUCCUGUUGAUCAAUAUAGAAAGCAAAUUGGUAAACAGGACUACAAGAAAAACAGACCUGUUUUAAGAGCAGCCAAGUUAAAAGCAGAAGCCAAGAAAGCAGCAAUAGGCAUAAAGGAAGUUGGCCUUGUCCUUAUAGCUAUUUUGGUACUCCUGCUGGCUUUCUAUGCUUUCUUUUAUCUUAAAUUAUCCACUGAGGUUGACCCUGUCCUGGCGAUGAAUGAAAAUUAGCACUGUGCUGAUCAUUGGAUCUCGGUCCCUUUAUGGAAAAAUGAAUGAUUUACAUAACACUAUUUAACAAUAUUUUCACCAACAACAUUCUGAAGUUUUUCAAAGCAGGAAACUCAGAAUCUUUCAACUGUUCUACUUCAUUUGGGGAACAUUUUAAAGAUUUAGAUGAAUUUCAAGCAAAGAUUCUCACCUUGGAAUGGAAUAUGUCAAGCCGCACUGGACAUUUUUACAAGUUGUUGUUCUUGGUUUUUUUUUUUUAAUGUUGCAAAAAAGGAGAAGUUUUCUCUACAUAUAAUGCUUAGUUACAUAUAUGUAUAUAUAUAUAUAUAUGUAUACAUAACACAAUAUAUAUGCAUAUGUAAUAGCAAAAAAUAUAAAAUCCUUUCUUCUUGGAAAGCCUACUCCACUUUCCCAAUACAGUUGCAUAAAUCAAAAUUAUUUACUGAUCAACAAAUCCUUUGUUUUUUUCCAAUCUCAUGGAAUGAAAUUCUAAACUAAAGUUUAUUCUUAUUUAUGGACACCUACUCAAAAUGCCUUCAUAGUUAUAUGAUUGGAGGAAAAGUUCCAGGAAAUUUUGUGUUUUAGAAGAAAAUGCUACUUUUUCUACAAGCAUAUUUUAUUUCAUCAUAGAUUCUAUCUGCACAUACAUUUACAGUCAUCUUUUUCUUUCCUCGCCAACUGUUCAGUGCACAUGUGCUCUUUCAGAAAUGGCACCUGGAUGACAGAAGCUCGAAGAGUCACAUAUGCCUCUAAAAUCAAGUUCUUUGCCUCUUGGGCUGUCUGAACUGGUGUAAAUAGAAAGUUCAGUUAAUGUUGAUUUUAAUUAGUAUAUCACUCUAUUAAUACAAAAUUGGAAUUCUAUUUUAAUUAUGUUGUUCCUGCUGCUUGAAGUAUCAGUUUGCUCCUCUUGUUAGAAAUAUGUUUAAAAAAAUCUUUUUCAUGCAUAUUCUUCUAAAUAAAAAUGAUCCAAAGUUUUUGAAAUUUUGCUUUAUAUAAAUUUAUAUUUCACCUCUUAAGACAUAACUCAAUUAAAUCCCAAAUAGGGAAUAAAUGACACAAGAAUAAAGGAUGUUUCUUUAUUCAGUAUA